AUUAUUUUAAAUCUAAGAUUUCAUUUCAGUAGUUUCGAUUUCAUUAUAGGGGGACUAGUGUACCUGGGAGGGGUAUAUUUCCCAGAAUACAACACGAGGGGAGGCUGAAAUAUGACGUUUCUAUUUAAUCAUGGUACCAUUAGGGAGGAGAUGGGAAGAAAGUGCUAAGCUACCCGAAACAUAAACCAAGUCGGCAUUUGCGCUGCACCGGAACAAGUGAGCACGCUGUCCUCUGUGCACACUCACCUACCAGAGGAGGCCAGCCCAGCCGGGACCAUGAGCGAGCGUGGCCCUCGCACGGAGGCCUCCAUGUUUUUGCAGGUGGAGGUGGACCGCCUCGAGCGAGAUGACAAAGAGGACAACGAUGAAGACAAGAUGGCGCACUACGACGACGACAAAGAUGACGACGACCUGAUGUCAGCACCCUCGGGCUCCCGCGUCUACGACCGCACUACGGUGCUCAUCGAGCAGGACCCCAUCCGGCUGGACGAGGAGGGAGAGGAGGACCAUGGACACUGCGUCGGGGGGGACCACGACGAUGGGGGCACUUUCCUGGUUGAUGAGGAGGAGGAGGAGGAAGAGGAGGAAGGCUCUAUGACCUUCAUGGGCGACCAGGACGGCAUGUCGCAGGGAUACGUGCAUCACACCAUCUCGCCCGACCAGAUCCAGUUCAUCAUCAACCCGGGGUCCAUGGCCAUGCCACGCAACAUCGAGGGGGCCACCCUCACCCUGCACUCGGAGUGUCCGGAGACCAAGCAAAGAGAGGUGAAGCGGUACCAGUGUAUGUUUGAGGGCUGCACACGGACCUACAGCACGGCGGGCAACCUGCGCACACACCAGAAGACCCACCGGGGCGAGUACACGUUUGUGUGCAACCAGUUGGGCUGCGGCAAGGCCUUCCUCACCUCCUACAGCCUGAAGAUCCACGUGCGCGUUCACACCAAGGAGAAGCCCUUUGAGUGCGACGUGCAGGGCUGUGAGAAGGCCUUCAACACUCUGUACAGACUGAAAGCGCACCAGAGACUGCACACGGGGAAGACGUUCAACUGCGAAUCGGAGGGAUGCACAAAGUACUUUACCACACUCAGUGACCUGAGGAAGCACAUUCGCACUCAUACAGGGGAGAAACCAUUCCGGUGUGACCAUGAUGGUUGCGGCAAGGCGUUUGCUGCCAGCCAUCACCUAAAGACACACGUGCGGACACACACAGGGGAGAAGCCUUUCAAUUGUCCCAGCAACGGCUGUGAGAAAGCAUUCAGCAGCCAGUACAGUUUGAAGAGUCACGUCAGGGGCCAUGGGGACAAGGGCCAGCCCUUCAGUGUCACCCUCACUCACCCCCUGUCCGAGGAUGCAAAUCAUUCACUGUGCCUCAGUGACUUGAGCCUCAUCUCGACUGACUCUGAGCUCAGAGAAAACAUCCACAAUUCUCAGCACUUGGACUUGAACAAUGUUACCCCCGUGAGGAUCUUCGAGCUCAUGUUCCAGAGUCCGGAGAACAGUGUCAGUCAAGACGAUGCACAUCCUCACGAGAGCCUUGUCGAAGCUUUUGGCCAGGAGACUGGUCAGUCCACCAUGGGCGAUGGAUCCACCCCCAUCUCCUUCUCAUUCUCCCUUGUCCCGUCCUCCUCAUCGUCCUGUUCCCACCCACACUAUCACCCUCACUACAACACCACCUCCACCACUGUCCUGGAGGCUUCCUCCCAGCUCCCUCUUAGCCAAACCCCCUCUUCCCAACCGCCAGCAUCUCCUGCCACCAUUAGUAAUGUUACCGCAAUCAGCUCCACCCAGCCCCUUGCCACCUUCGUACCCUUACCCACUGCCAUGCAGACACCAGAUAUGCCUGCCCCCAACGUGGCGCUGCCGGUCCAGACCACUCCAAUAGUACCCUCUGCUGCGCCAGUAUUGGUGCCAGGCCUACCCCUCGCCAACGCAGCUCUGGGCACUGUAGUUGCUGCCACCCCCACAGAGACUGUGCCGCUGCCGGCCGUGGCUCACACACACACCGUGCCUUUGGCCAGCAACACCAACCCUGCCCUGGCGCCCCCAGCCUCUGCCCCCACCAUCGCCCCAAGUCACAGCCACACCCAGAGCCUGCUGCAGCCCAGCAUCGUCAUGUCCGACCAGAACCUGCAGUGGAUCCUUAACACCGCUGCCAACAGCCAACAGAACCCAGAGCAAGCGCCACACGGAGGUCCAAAAGUGGAGAAGGUCUUCUUUACCACAGCCAUACCAGUAGGAGGCAAUUCAGGCAACUCUGUCCAGCAGAUCGGCCUCAGCCUGCCCGUCAUCAUCAUCAAACAGGAGGAGUCCUGCCAGUGCCAGUGUGCCUGCAGGGACUCUUCUAAAGACAAGCUCUCGAACAAGAGCAGCAACGCCUCGGCAGCACCACAACAACAGCCCACAGUGCUCCCCGCUCCUCUACCACCCUCUGCUCCCGUGGCACUGCCCUUUUCCCCCGUACUCCCCCCGGCACCCUCUUCCCCCUUGUGCUGCCUCCCACCGCUCACCUCGGAAGUGAACGAGUCCCCUCCUCUUCCCCAAACAGGAGCGGUACUAGGACCGGGUAGCCCCUCGACCUCUGUACAGACGAUCCCCCCAGGGGUGGCCACGGCGACCACCAACCCCCCUCCUAUCACGUCCAUAGUGGCCAAACCAUCCGUGUCGGAAUUCCUGUCCCUGCAGAGCCCCGAGAGCACGGCCAACAUCGAGGCUCUGCUACUGGUGACCAGCAAUGAUGACUUCACUCUGGCCACCGCUGGCACUAGCACCACCACCAACCCCUAGUGGACACUCAGGCUUCGUCCCUAUUCUCCACUCUUCUCUUGCAUACUCCCAGUCAUAGAUUUAAAAUAAUUUUUGUGUAAGCGUUGGGCAGAGGGAGUUUCUACCAUUGUUAAAUUAAAGGGAGUGUGCAUAUGCACAUAUUAGGAGAGGAUAUAGAAUCAGGACGCAGCCGUACUAGCCGAUUUACCCACUACGCAUCCGCUUUUCAAGUAUUGUAAGUGAAACUUAAUGAGGGGGCUUAUUUUGAAAAAGCAGCUAAAUGCAUGCCAGUCAAGAAAAGUGUUCUUAAUUAGCUGGCUCUCCAUCAAACAAGACAAGGUCCUAAGCACUGAUCAUUUGAAAGGCCCGAGGAACUAUUGUGUGCUUCUAAUAUGGCGUGAAGCUGAUUCCUGAGAGCAACAAAACAUUGUCUAUAUCCAUGUACUGUACAAUAGUUCUUAACUGUAACUAUUAUGAUUACUUGGUAAGUGAUUGACCAGAAUGCACUGCAUGUGAAGUGAAUUGGAAUUUCAUCAACUAUAUUUCCUACAAGGAAUUAGUGUUGCCAUUCCCUUAAAAGCAAUGUCUUGCUAAUGCCAUAAUGUGAAGAGUAAUUUCCAGUGUUUUACCUAAAUUAGCUAGUGUAGUCCAGAUCAUUGUUUUGUCUUUUGUCUCACUUUGUUCGUUUUUGUCUUUCUUUACAGGCAUAUUUACUAAUUGAAAAAGAUAUUGCCUGUGACGCAAUUUGCUUGCCUUUUAAAUAUAAUUUAGAAGUAAAUGCAUUAGUAAUAAGCCUAUAACUUAAUAUUUAAUUUGUCAAUAAUAUUUUAUUUAUUGGAGAGAAAAAAAAUCUAAAUCUCUGACCUUAGACUGUCAUCAAGUCACAGCUUAUUCAUCAUCAUUGUAAUCAUUGUUAAUUUAUUCCACUUUUCGCCCAAGGUUUCUUUUUUAGUCCCCCCCCAUGUUACUGAUUUUUGUUUUAUGGAGCCCCUCUCAGUCUGUUUCAGAAAGCUGUUUCAACACAACGCAAUUAAUUGUAUAUCAAGGUUGUCAAAAGUCCUAAAUUGAGUUUUGGUCAGCAAAACCUCUUCACAAUGAAAUCAUGAAUCAAUUAUGAAAAUAAUUGCUCACGACACUGUUUCUCUAUGAAUUAUGACGCACUCAGGGAUGCAUCAUGGCAUAUCUCAUUUAUACAGCUUGAGAUUUUCCUUUAUUUAAUAAGAGAUUGUCCAUUUUGACAUUUUAGAAGGCAACUGCCUGGAUGCCCAUCGAUUGUAGUAGCCCCCUUUUUCGGCUGCACUCUCCCCUCUUUGUGCACCGUCUAAUAUGACUAGUUAUCUGCGUUAUUACUAUGACUAUUUAAAUACCACUGCUGUCAGAAGGGGUUUCUGAAGGGUGUUGAUGAUGGUGUAAAUACAUAACAUUUAAAUAUAUGAACACUUAUUCCUUCAGAUUGUUUAAGAAUGUAUUUGUUUUGUAUAUACAUUUUGAAUAUGUAGACUUGAACCUUGGAGACUAAAGACAAUACCCCCUGCGCUGCCCUUUGUCUUUGCAUUCUGCCCCCAUGCAGAUGCUCUCACAUCUUAUGCAGAAGAGUUUAAAAUGAAGCCUAAUAAUGGUUAGUUUUAGGGCCACUGGCUACUGUGCAGUCAACAUAGUAUUUAUUUUCAAAUGCAAGUGUAAGUAACUUUCUUAGAGUAUAUGACAAUAUUGUUUCACAUGGGACAUAAUGCAAUGAUUAUAACUAAAAAAUUGGAGAGAAGGCAUUAUGCCCAAAUAUCAUGUGUAGAGCAACCUUGCCUUACUACAGGAUAUCUCACUUGCUGUGGCUUACUGAGCAGUCUCCUUGUCUUGUCAAUCUUUGCCUAUGGCUUGAUUUGGACAUGCUGCUUGAUUACAUUCUCCUGUUUAUCUAGUCUUGUUCAAUGCCUUUUAGCAGCUGUCUACAAGUGGACAAAAUUACAUUGAAAAGAAAUGCUUCAUUUUUUUGUUUGAAGAUUUAACAGAUAAAUGUGCCAACAAAUCAAAUGAUCCCAAUUAUUAUUUUUAUGUAAUUUUUUUGUGAAGAUGUUACUGCAGAAAUAUACUGUAGACUGAAAUUGUUUCUCUUGAUUCUUUGUAGUACUGUAAUGGAGACAACUUAUUAAUACUUUAUUUUACAGAUCACUACAUCAAUGUUGUAGUUGGAAAUUAGAAUUACAUCAACAUUUUAAUUGCUACUUCACAGGCAUUGAUUGACAGCAGCUAUCAUGAUCUAUUAUUUAGCAUGUAAAGGGUGACCAAGAUCCAACCUAGGCGUCAUCAUGUAUCAUAGGAUAACAGAGUACGCAGGAAAUCUUUAUCUGGCAGACCUGAGUAGGAGAAAUGUGUAAACUAACAUGGGCUUUGCCCUUUUCCUGUUUUGAGAUUUAACUGAUACCAAAACUUGAUGAUAACCUGGAAUAUUGAUUAAUGUAGUUAGCACUUAAAAUUGGGUCCACUAGAUUGUGAAUUGUGAUUUGAGAUUGUGGGGUGGCAGGGUAGCCUAGUGGUUAGAGUGUUGGACUAGUAACCGAAAGGUUGCAAGUUCAAAUCCCCGUGCUGACAAGGUACAAAUCUGUCGUUCUGCCCCUGAACAGGCAGUUAACCCACUGUUCCUAGGCCGUCAUUGAAAAUAAGAAUUUGUUCUUAAACUGACUUGCCUAGUUAAAUAAAGGUAAAAUAAAAAUAAAAAAUGUAAUCAAAUAUAAUAAUUAGUUUCUUAUUGAUAUUUAUACUAAAUAAAAAUAUUAACGCAACCAUUUUUGAAAGAUUUUACAGAGUUAGUUCAGAAAAGGAAAUCAGUAAAUUUGAAAUAAAUUCAUUAGGCCCUAAUGUUUGGAUUUCACAUGGGUGAGCCAGGCCCAGCCAAUCAGAAUGAGUUUUUCCCAACAAAAGGGUUUUAUUACAGACCUAAAUAAUCAUCAGCUGUCUCGGUGGCUGGUCUCCGUCAAUCCCACAGGUGAAGAAGUUGGAUGAGGAGGUCCUGGGCUGGCAUAGUAACACGUGGUCGGACGUAUUGCCAAAUUCUCUAAAACGAUGGAUGUGGC